CACCAACAACAGGUUCAAGUCUGUGCAGUGGGACUCCGGUAGAAACCAGAUAGACGAACAGUUUACGACGAACCCUUUUGAGUGAUACCAAGUCUUUCAAAUACACCUUUUUCGGUUUGAAAAGUUUUGAUUAAGAUUCACUCGGCACAUUAACAGAGGAGGAGUAAGGAAAUUCGAACGGUUGUGAGAAUGAUCACAACAUACGCGAUGUGUCAAUGGUUAUUUGGUGUUCUCCUCCUCGUGGUCAACACAGGGCAGCUCUUUGGCGCAGACAACCCGUUCCUGAUGGGAUACAAUGAAGUGACUGCAGGUGCGGGUACCAUCCAGGGUACGAAGGAGAACAUCACAGCAUUUGGGAAAACCUAUGAAUACUUUGCCUACAGAGGGAUACGCUACGCAAAGGAUACGGGCGGGGCGAAUAGGUUCAAGAAACCGGUUCCCAUGGACAAGUUCAGUGGAGUUUAUAAGGCCACGGAAUUCACCAACUCUUGCACGCAAACUGGAACUAGUUUGGCAAAUUCCAACAUGUCGGCGGACCCCAUGUAUCAUCAGCGCACUGGUGAGGACUGUCUGUCAUUGAAUGUGUUUACCCCUACAGACAAGGGCACCAAGAAGGCCGUGAUGGUGUGGAUCCACGGUGGUGCUUGGGUUGCGGGAAGUGGACUGAUCUACUUCGGAGGUCUGUUGGCCCCCUUUGGUGACGUAGUCUAUGUUUCCGUCAAUUUCCGUCUCGGUGCUUUUGGCUUCCUCAGUACUGGAGACUCGAGUGCCCGAGGAAAUAUGGCUUACUUUGACCAGCUCUUGGCUUUGAAAUGGGUGAAAGAUAACAUCAAGGAUUUCGGUGGUGACCCUGACAUGGUAACGAUAUUUGGUGAGUCUGCGGGUGGAUUGGACGUAUCCGCUCACGCAAUCUCUCAACUUUCUGCAGGGAAGGGCUUGUUUAAACGGGUCAUAUCUACGAGUGGUUCCGCGGUGUCCCCCAAAGAGAACCCCAUGAACGUGCGUUUGGAUAUCCCGGUCUACACAAAAAAUCUCGGCCUCAACCUGCGCUGCAAUGGUACAAACAACCCAACUCUUUCCGACUCCGGGCUACUCCUUGAAUGUCUUAGAAAGAAAAGUGCGUCGGAGAUCUUGAAAUAUGCUGAUGAGGAGGGAAAUCUUCCCCCGGACGCAGUCGUGAAAGGACGGCAGUCCUUUAGCCCGACCGUCGAUGGUGAAUUCCUCCCCGAGCAUCCGGCAAACCUUGUCAAGAAUACCACACUUGCCGUCUACCAAGUUUUCAAGAAUGUCGACCUCAUUUCCUCCUUCAACAGCAACGAUGGAAACUAUGCCUUUUUUUCUAUGAUCCCAAUUCUCAUGAAAGCUGGAAUCACGGGACCCUCAUACUUAAUUCCAAAGGAAUUCAUGCAUAAAUACCUUCUCCCGGGUGUUUUUCCACCCAGCACUCAUCCGGGGGUAGCGAGGGCAGUGGGGCAGGAAUACAUCAUAGAUGCGGACCUCGCCGCGACGAAUUCCUCUCUGCGCAGGCGUGAUGCACUCAUUCAAGCACUUACGGACCAAUAUUUCGUGACUGCCGGAAUUUCAGCCGCUCAAACACACGUUGCCAUGGAAGGAAAGGGGAAGACUUGGAUGCUAUACUUCGACCGCGAAUCUCCUAUUUGGCCAAAGUUGUACGGCCCAGGGAACGCUAACCAUGGUGCGGAUAUCGCGUACUGCUUUGGAGUGUUUGCUAUGGGAGAUAGCUUGGUUAAACUACACGGCGAAAAAGGCCAGGCUAUUGCAAAUUUAACAACACAGACUGACCUGGAUUUAUCAAAGGCCCAUAUGACUUAUUUCACCAACUUUGCUAAAUUUGGGGAUCCCAAUGGUAAAGCCGGCUCCACCUCCUCUUACCCGAAAUGGCCGGAGUAUACGUUGACGGAUAAAAGUUACAUGAUAUUCGGAUCCACACCUAAUGCGAUGAAGCUGGAAGUCAAGAAGGACCUCCGGCCUCGGGCUGCUGCAUUCUGGCUGGACUACAUCCCGUUCGUGGUGGGGCAGACCUGCCCCAAGCCGCAGCCUUGUCCGAACCCCACCUGCCCACCACUACUCGACCAGUACAUCGGCUAUCUGAGGCUUACCGUCGGACAGGCCGAGACGGUUAUUGUGAUCUUUGCUGUGGGGACGGCGGUGUUUGGAUCUCUUUCACUGAUUCUCCUUAUGGCGUGGUGCAAGCUCAGGCACACGGUGAGGAACACCGGAACUGACUGUUUGGUGAUACGUCCGCCUAACAAUUCCAACUCAGGGACGCCACAGCUAACCCCGGUCACGACUACAGAAGUACAGCUUGUACCCACGCCAAGGAUAGUUGACAAACAACAGGCUACUCAUCCCGUACCGACCAGAGCAGCUAUCGGCAACCUCGGGCACAAUAUUGUUGAAGAGCCGACAACAUCUGCAGAUGAUGAACUUGUUACGACAGGAAAACAGACAGCUCCGGCCGGCGGGUCUCCAAAAGCGUCCAUUCCUGCCAUCACUAUACCGAUCUGCAUCGUGCUCCUCCUCUUCGCCGGCAUCUUCACCACAGUCUGUCUCGUUACCAGAAAUCGAAAACGUCGUUUGGAAGAGAGCAGUGAGGUUUCCAAAAAUGGUGGUGGUUGGCGCGAAAGACUGGCAUCGCAUGUUCAUCCGAAACGAAAGGAUACGCGGAGUAGCGCAGAUGAUAAUCACCCUUAUGUACUUUACAGCGUAAAUGAAGGCCGCGCUCGAAGCUUUGUUCAUACCCCGAGCUUUUCCGAAAUGCCGCCAUUGUCCGCUGCGGCACAUAUCGAAAACGAGGUUUUCAAUUUUAAGGAUGUCGACGCCAUUUUGGAGCAAUCUGAAACAGAUGUGAAAUUCGCUGGAAAUGACGAGGUUGAUACUGUACGCGGGAUUGAGAAUGUUGGAUAUUUACCGGAGAGUCCUCAGGUCCACGCAAAGGAAAAGAGUGCAAGGUCCUCGCGGCAUGAAGGGGCAAUGGUUGAGGUUUCCUCAAGGGUUCAUUUGACGGAGACAGACGUGAAAGAAUCUUCUGGAGGAAGCCAGCCGCCUGUCACAUAUAAAAACAGGGAUUCAGGAGGAAUUGCUACGCAGAACAGUGCUUUGAUCGUCCAGAAUGGCGAGGGACUGGCAGAGGAGACAAAGAUUCAAAUGCUGAAGCAAAAAGGUAACUUGUCCGAUUUAGAGGUCGACACCUCGAUUGAUGAAGAUGAUGAAAUAUCAGUCCGUUCCAGUGAUUCUAGCGGCAGUUCUCGGUGUGGAUAUUGGGCGCCGAAAGCGGACUUAGACAAUGGUGGUGAAGAAGCUGAAAAGGGAAACGAGGGAAAUGAUGGUGCAUCGAGCUCUGGUGAGGAUGUCUCGUCCAUAGAGGAUGUCGAACCGCCAUAUUCUACUUGGCCAGUCAGAAAAACAUCCGCGCAGUUCUCGGAAUCGGGAAGUGACAUCAGUCUGAUUGAACCAAUUGAAAGCGAGGAGGAGGAGGAUCCCUACGAUACAGUUGUUCCAGGUGCUCCCGCGGAAAUCAAGACAAAAAAUGUCAAACCGAAAACUGAAUGUAUCAGUGCGCUAGACGGUCAGUUUUCUGAUGGCGAUGGUGUCGAGGAAUCGCCCUAUGAUACGUUACCAGUACAUGUAGUCAGUGUACAUGACGAAGGAACUUGCGAGGAUAAAGACUGCAAAAGCUGCCACGGGAAGUGUGACAGCGGGAGGGUGUCGGGCAUUGGCAUGGCUGACGACGUCGAACUGCCCACCUCAGAUUUGACCAUCUGUCAUCAAUUCGCAGGCGGCCCAAAGCUUGGAAGUGAUAACUCGGAAGGCACAGUUGACGAGGAAGAAUCCCCGUACGACACCGUACCAGCGGGACGGCCAAGGUCUGUGGAGCAUGUAGACGGAAUAGACGGCGAGGGUGUCAAGAAGCGCUCCCCAACCUACGCCACCGUUCCAAAUGUCGUUCUAGGACCAUCUUUUAAGGAGCAGGUAGAGACGUUCUUCGUCGAAAACGUGUCGUCGAGCGAGGAGAGUUUAGCUGAUGAGGGCGAAUUCGAAAUAGACGCAAAGAGAAUGUCCUUGGAGAUCAGUGACUUGACCAAUGGAGACAAAUGUCAAGGUCAAAACCAUUUGGAGGAUCAGGGUCGAAUAGAGAUAACUGAUGACAGCUUCUUUUUUGUUGGUGAAGGGGAUGUCGAUUCUUUGAAAAGUGUAUAGAGAUCUCUAGGUCCGUGCUUGAUCUAGUGGAAAUACUAGUACACUAUGCUAUCCCCACAGCCACUAACUGAUAGAGUUCUCCUCGGGUCGUCGACAGUAAGUCGUUUUAGAUUUUCGAUGAGAGACUACCCUCAAAUUUGCCGUUUUCUAAAAAGGAGGCAAAUUUGGCCAUUUAUCUGUCACGUGAUACCGAUGGUCUGAAGUGAUCGAUAGUUUGAUAAAUGUAAAAAGACCAAUUGAUUAACCAAUAUUAAAUUUUUUUAUCGUGUACAUGUACAUACAUUGUUACAACAUGAACAUAUGAAUGCUUUUGAUUAGUCAAUAAAUUAUCAAUAGCUUUUAACUCUAGAUUCUCUUUUGCCUGGUCACAAAAUAAUAAUCGCGGGGUACGUGAAAUUUUGGAAAAUAAACAUAUCGUAGAAA